GCGGGCGCAAGUGUACUUUACAAGAAGACGGUUGCGAUGGACCGGUGGCUCGACUACGGACUGCAAGGUGCGACGGCUGCCGCUCUACUGCUGCUGCUCCUGCGCCACAUGAUGCAUGCGCUUUCCCACAGGGUCUGUCGACACGUCAACGCGUGGGAGCUGCCGCUCUUUGUCUCGUUCUUGCAGCUGACCGCUGGCCUCGCGACGCUUGGCCCGCCCCUCGCGCAUCGCUCGAGCCUCGAUGGCUUUGUCUGGGUCUUCUUGCUGCUGCCAUCACCGUCAUCGUCAUCGUCGACAUCACCGACCGUGCGUACCGGCCUGCUCGGCUUGGCGGCGCGCCACGGGUAUGCGAGCGAGACCGUCCUCUCGAGCGUGACGGUCCACGCCGCCUGUCUGCUCGCGCCGCUUCUGAUUGCGCUGGUCGUGGCCACAGCGCUGUACCUCUGGCCCUGCGGCCACGUCAACAUGGCCGUCACGCCGACGCUGCCCGAGCGCUGCCGGGCGGUCGCGCUCCGGCUUCUCGGCACGUUCUUUCUCGCGCUGCACUUUCUGCUCUUGCCGAUGGUUGUCGUGACGCUCUCGAUACUCCAAGGAGGUCGUCGAGGUCGUCGCGCGGGGCAGCUGCUCAUCGUUGCCGCGAUGGCGGCGAUGGCCACCUGCCUCGUCCUCCUCGUUGCUGUCGCCGUCGAGCACAUCCAUCGUCGCUGCCGCUCCGUGUUUCGGAGCUUUCACGCGCCGUAUCUCCGGGAUGCCACGUGGUUUCCAGCGAUCGACGCGAUCACGCACGUCCUCGUUGGCGCGAGUCUCAGUCUGCCUCCCGACGACCUCGUGCUGCAGCUCGCGCUGCUCGGUACGGUCCACGCCACAUACCUCGUCCUGGUUGUCGUCAUUGCGCCCUUUGCGACGCGCUCAAGCGUGCGCUGUGCGAUCGCGGCCAAGCUCGUGCAGCUCGGCUGCCUUGGGCUCCGCGCUAGCAUGGUGUUUGCACCAGAGACCGCGCCGGCCUUGCAUGCGACCUUGCUGGGCGUGCUUGGCAGCGUCCUUAUCAGCACUCUCCUAUGGCAACUGGAAGCGCUCCGGCGACGGUGGUGUAGCGACGAUUGCAACAGCGACGACCGUCUCGAGACGUCGCCGCGACUACCCCCCGCGGUCUUUACGCACCGCGCGUUCACGCCGACGCGAGGGCACUCGAUUGGGUCGUACGGGGCGAGUCCCAACGACCUCGUGUUUCUCCGGCUCAUGUCGCCGCCACCCCGCCGCCCGAGCAUGUUUAUUUAACGAUCGAUGCAACAAGCAUGGAUGCAUUACGAUAUGGCA